AUGUCCAGGCUCAGCUGGGGCUACUGCGAGCACAAUGGCCCUGUUCAUUGGAGUGAACUUUUCCCAAUUGCUGAUGGGGAUCACCAAUCUCCGAUUGAGAUCAAUACCAAAGAAGUGAAAUAUGACUCUUCUCUCCGGCCUCUCAGUAUCAAGUAUGAUCCAACCUCAGCCAAAAUAAUCAGCAAUAGUGGUCAUUCCUUCAGUGUGGACUUCGAUGAUUCAGAAGACAAAUCAGUUCUGAGAGGAGGUCCCCUCACUGGAACCUACAGGCUACGACAAUUUCACCUUCACUGGGGCUCCACUGAUGAUCAGGGCUCUGAACACGCAGUAGAUGGAAUGAAAUAUGCAGCAGAGCUCCAUGUGGUUCAUUGGAAUUCAGACAAGUACCCCAGCUUUGUUGAGGCAGCUCAUGAACCUGAUGGAUUGGCUGUUUUAGGUAUUUUUUUACAGAUUGGCGAACAUAAUCUACAACUGCAGAAAAUUACUGAUAUUUUGGACUCCAUUAAGGAAAAGGGUAAACAAAUCCGCUUCACCAAUUUUGACCCAACGACUCUACUUCCUCCAUCGUGGGACUACUGGACAUAUCCGGGCUCCCUUACUGUUCCCCCUCUUUUGGAGAGUGUCACAUGGAUAGUUUUGAAGCAGCCUAUAAGUAUCAGCUCUCAACAGCUAGCCAAAUUCCGAAGUCUCCUGUACACUGCAGAGGGGGAGGCAGCUGCCUUCUUGUUGAGCAACUACCGUCCACCACAGCCUCUGAAGGGCCGAAAAGUGAGAGCCUCUUUCCGCUAA